AUGGCACCAAAGAAGAAAGUAGCAGAAAAACCAAUUUUAUUAGGAAGACCAGGUAACAAUUUAAAAUCUGGUAUUGUUGGUUUAGCCAAUGUUGGUAAAUCAACCUUUUUCCAAGCAAUUACCAAAUCACCAUUAGGUAAUCCAGCUAAUUAUCCAUUUGCAACCAUUGAACCAGAAGAAGCAAGAGUUAUUGUUCCAUCUCCAAGAUUCGAUACUUUAUGUGAUUUAUAUAAACCAAAAAGUGAAGUUCCAGCAUUUAUGACUAUUUAUGAUAUUGCCGGUUUAACUAAAGGAGCUCAUGCUGGUGAAGGUUUAGGUAAUAAUUUCUUAGCUAAUAUUAGAGCUGUUGAUGCUAUUUUCCAAGUUGUUAGAUGUUUUGAAGAUAGUGAUAUUAUCCAUAUUAAUGAUGAAGUCAACCCAGCUGUUGAUUUAGAUAUUGUUUUCGAUGAAUUAAGAUUAAAAGAUAUUGAAUUUGCUCAAAAACAUUUAGAAGGUAUUGAAAAAAUUACCAGAAGAGGUGGUCAAUCAUUAGAAGUUAAACAAAAGAAAGAAGAAGCUGAAUUAGUUAAAAGAAUCAUUCAAUUAUUGGAAGAUAGACAAAGAGUUGCUAAUCAAGUUUGGACUGCUAAAGAAGUUGAAUUAAUUAAUACCAUGUUUUUAUUAACUGCUAAACCAUGUAUUUAUUUAGUUAACUUAUCUGAAAGAGAUUAUAUCAGAAAGAAGAAUAAACAUUUAUUAAAAAUUAAAGAAUGGGUUGAUAAACAUUCUCCAGGUGAUUUAAUUAUUCCAAUCAGUGUUUGUUUAGAAGAAAAAUUAACCGGUAUGGGAAGUGAUGAAGAAAGAGAAGCUUACUUAAAAGAAAUUGGUACUCAAUCUGCUUUACCAAAAAUUAUUACUUCAAUGAGACAAAAAUUAGAUUUAAUAUCUUUCUUUACUGGAGGUCCUGAUGAAGUUAGAGAAUGGACUAUCAGAAAAUGGUAUACUGCUCCUCAAGCUGCUGGUACUAUUCAUACUGAUUUAGAAAAAACUUUCAUCUUAGCUCAAGUUAUAAAAUAUGAUGAUUUAAUAGAAUAUAAAGAUGAACCAAGUGUUAAAGCUGCUGGUAAAUUAAUGAUGAAGGGUAAAGAUUAUUAUGUUGAAGAUGGUGAUAUAUUGUAUGUUAAAGCUGCCGAUGGUAAAGCUCGUUAA